CGCUCUCACCCCUAGCAGAUAAACAAUUUUUUUUUUAUCACAACAGACUCAGAGAAAAGAAGGCAGCGACAUCUUCACCGUGCUGGAGAAACAUCAACUUUCUAAACCAGCUGUAAACGAGACUUAGAGAAUGAUUGGGAAGAUUCUUUCUCAUCUUCUUGGGAACACUGGAGAGGAGUCUGAAGCAGCAGGUGGCGCCAACGAGGAGCUCCUGGAGUUUGAAGAGGAGGAAUGGGUCAUUGUUAACAUCCCAGAGAGCGGACCCCUGCCAGCCCCUGAUGCGAACCCUCUGGAGAACCUGCUGAUUGAGCAUCCCAGCAUGUCUGUUUACCAGAUAAGAUGCAGGAUGGAAGGAGCACAGGAGGAGGACGAGGAGGAGGAGCAAGCCUCAGAUGAUGAUGAAGAGGAAACCUCUAGGCCGCUGGCUGUGAGGCGGCACAUCUCCUGGCAUCUGGCCGCCUGGGGGAAUCCCCUGCCAUGUGGCCUCCAGCUGCUGACCAUGCAGAGAGCCAGGAGCCAGGCCCAGAGAAAGAAGCUGAGUCGUAGCGCCCUCCACAGGCACAACAUGACUAAGACUCAGCUCUCACCUAAGGGCAAAGGACAUGGCAACAUAAUGCGUCCUUCCCCACGCCUCUACAACUACUGACCUGCAGGGAUCAACCUAGACAGGAUGCAUGGGAACCGGCCCUGACCUCCAAUCAUCAGCUCAGUAUGGCUCUGAAUUACUCAGGUUCUCUGUCAUUACCCCACCUUAAUCCACUCUGCAUAUGCCUCAUAACUGCAUAGCAAGACAUUUAAAGUCCUCUGCCUCAAAGAUGAAGCCAUGAGAGUUUGCUGUAGGGAGCUGUGCACUGCUGCCAUCAGGUCUAUUAACUAGUAACCUCAGCCUCAACACAUGUAGUUGCAAUGGAUCUUUAGAAAGUUACUUUUUCAUAAAGUUUUAGAAAUGUCAACUGUCUGAUUAUGGACAAGUGUGUUAUGUGUGUGUUUGAAAAGUUAUUUGCAUAAUUAACGAUUGGAGCUUGUGACAAUGUUCCAAAUAUGAAAAGGUGAAACCUGUAGAAGGUUUUUUUUCCAGAAAUGAAACAUUUAAGAUUUAUUAUGUAUUGCAGUGGCUUGUUCUUUGAUAGUGUGUUCAUUUUCUAAGUGUAUUGACCUGUACAGUAUUCAUGUGAAAAAUAACAUAAAAAUUAAUAAAUGUUUUUAUACUUUUUA